AUGGCGGCGCCGCUUCCGAAGUGCCUCACGUUCUGGCAGCUCAUCCCGCUAGGAGUGGGGUCGACCAUAGGCGCGGGAGUGUACGUUCUCAUUGGCACAGUGGCACGGGAGAAAGCUGGACCGGCGCUGCCCCUCUCCUUCCUUAUAGCAGGCGUGGCGGCGGGCUUGGCUGCUCUCUGCUAUGCUGAGCUCGCCAGUCGCUGCCCGUCCGCUGGGAGUGCCUAUCACUAUGCGUACACGACUGUCGGGGAAGUGGUGGCGUGGCUGGUCGGCUGGGCCCUCAUUCUAGAGUAUACCGUGGGUGGGGCAGCAGUGGCUCGAGGCAUUUCACCAAAUCUGGCAAUGGCGUUGGGAGGGCCAGACAGCCUACCGUUCAUCCUGGCUCGUCUGCCCGUCCCAGGCACCACUGUAGUGUUGGAUCCGUGUGCUGCCCUCAUGGUGGCUGCGGUGACAGUACUGCUGUCUGCCGGCAUUAAAGAGAGCGCCAAUUUCCAGAUGGGGAUGACAGUAGCGAAUAUGAUAAUACUGCUGUUUGUGGCGGUGGCGGGGGCAUGGAUAGGGUUUACCCACGGAUGGCCGGGGUACAAGGAGUCUCCAAGCUACCUACCAUUCGGAGUCUCUGGAUUGCUCGGGGGAGCUGCAAUGGCCUUUUUCUCGUACAUUGGAUUCGACACCGUUGCCAGCACAGCAGAAGAGGUGAAGCACCCUCAGCGCGACCUGCCUUUGGGGAUAGGUCUGUCUCUUGCCUGCUGUGGCGCUCUCUACAUGGUGAUAGCAGCGGUGCUGGUGGGGUUGACUCCGUUUGACCGCAUUGACCCGGACACACCCAUGGCUCAGGCGUUUGACACCUACCAUUUGGAUUGGGCCAAGUACCUUGUGACAGGGGGUGCGCUCGCAGCUCUCUCCACUACUCUCCUCGGAUCCCUGCUGCCCCAGCCGCGCAUACUGAUGGUCAUGGCUCGCGAUGGCCUCCUCCCAGCCUGGUUCGGCCGCAUCGACAAGGCCACGGGCGUUCCGCAGAACGCGACAGCUGUCACCGGGCUAUUGGCCGCCGCCAUGGCGUUCGUGCUUGAUAUCGGACAGCUGUCAGGCAUGGUCAGUGUGGGCACCCUUCUCGCAUUCACCACCGUCAGCCUCUCAGUGCUCAUCCUUCGCUACACCCCUCCCUCCUCUCCUCCCACCCCUCUCCCCUCCUCACACCCCCCUUCACUCCCCUCCUCCUCUUCUUCUUCCCACAACCAGCUUUACCACCCCACAUCUUCCUCCUCUCGCCCCCUACCAGCCUAUGCCUUCUCACCCCCAACUCGACCCCAGUAUAUAACAUCCUCUCUUCCAACUGCCGCCGCAGGGGCGGGUUUCUUUGUCUCUUCCCCUCUCCCGGUCGGCCAAUCCAGUGUGUUCAGGCACAUGGGCUCGCCGGACAGUCUGGGCACAUCUCCGGCCGUUGAAAUCCGAUCCAACGGCCAGCUGCAGUCCGUGUUUUCCCUCACGCCCAACUCGUUUCACGCACCACUGCUGGCUCGGUUGCUUGAAGAGAGGGCGGGAGAGGGGGAGGGGGAACGGGAGGAAGGGGAUGAGGAGGAGAGGGAGGAAGAAAAAGGUGAGGAGGAGGAGAGUGAGGAGGAGGGAGGGGAUGAGGAAGGUGAGGAGGACGGAGGGGAGGAGCGAGAAGAGAAGCAGCACCAUACAGCAAACCUUUCCGCCGAAUACAACACCACAGUAUCGGGAGGAAUGGGUGAUGAAGCUGCUGUUGAGAUCGCCUCUGAGAGCAACACUUCAGGCGGCAGGAAACAGGGUUCUGCUCUCCCCACUGCUGUCACACCUAUUACAGUCACUGCUACAGCCACACCUGCUGUGACAGGUCCUGCUACAGCCGCUACAGCUGCUAUAGCCGUCGCUGCACCCGCAUCCCACAGGCGACUUGCCUCUCGAGCCAUCGUUGCCGUCUCACUGGGUGCCCCUCUGCUUGGCGCUGCUGCUGCUGUGGCUUCGUCUUCUGCUGACCUUUCAGAGUGA